AUGGGCUUCAUCACCGGCUUCCUCGGGGGCGUCACCCUCACCACGGGCGUUCUCUACCUCACCAUCUCGCUGCACACACAAAACCGCAUAACACAGGCCGCGCUCCUAAGACAGCAACGCCAAGUCCUUACCGAGUUCUACGAGCCCAAGAAGCCGGAGCCAGAGCCCACAAGUCGGGAAGUGCCGGUUGGUCUAGCUGAAAUGGCCAAGGACAGGUGGAACAGGAGCCUCGAGGAGGGCGUGAAGAAGGUGUACACGACAGAUUGGAGGAGAGUACGCGAAGAGGCCGAGGACAGGGCAAGCGCCAUACUGCAGAAGAUCAGGGAGGGCAGCAAUCAUAAUUUCGUCUCCAACAACACCGCACAUGCCUGCGCAAACAUAGCAUCUCAUGGCAAGGUCCUCGAUCUGUUCGACGACCGCUACCUGGAAUUGCAGGACGUCAUUGGCAACGUUGAGCCGCUGCCCACACUCGUGCCUUAUGAGCAGUACAAGCAACACGCCAUCGUCUACCGCAUGGACACGAACCAUGACAUCUUCAUGGCGCUUCUGCAGGAAUUCACAGAGCGCAAGUCACUGGAGACGGGCAAAGAGCUGUGGACGUGGUGCGUGCAAUGGCAGGUUGAUGAAACCGCUACUCGCCAGCCAGCCGUAGCACCACACUCACCCAAGAAGCCUCGUAUCGAUCCGAGACAGCCGAACAGUCCUACUAUGCAGCCAUCUUUAGGUCGUGGCGCGCCCCCAAUAACCGCCCAAGUUCGCAGAAUCGAUCCCGAGCUGAUGCAUCAGGAGGAUAUGCUGCGUAUAUUGGUCGACAUCGUCCAGGUCAACAGCACUGUGGUGCCAAAUUUUAUCGAGUUUCUAUACCGAUGGAUCGACUUCUACGAGGGAGAUGGAAAGGCCUUGAACGCGGCUCUGUAUGGAGAAAUUCCAAGCUUAUGGGACUUUGAAUAUCAUCCGAUUCUUGUUCCUGAGGACGUUAAAAAGAAAUUAGACGAGGCAAACAGUAUCACAAGAGACGGGAAGGAAUAUGGAACAGGAAUCAAGACACCAAAACACGCCAACGCAGAAGAGCUCGCUCAAAAUUCGCCCACCAAGAAGAUGCGUCAAAAGCCCGAUUUGGCGACAUUUGAGCGUAAGUUGGAAGAAAGUGAGCGUCUACAGUAUCACGAAGUACAUUUCGGCAUACAGCCUCCGAAGCUCAACGAGCCUCUGCCGCCUCUUAUCAAUAUUCCUCGGGACCGGGUCAAACGAGCGAAGUACCACGCUGCUUGCUUCAAAUCACGCCAACGCGCCCUUUACCUGCUCAUGGAAGCUGGGGUUACUCCGCAACAGUUGAAAGAUUACAAGAGGUGUCAGACAAUGAGUCUGAAAGACACGCCAUCGCGCGAGGGAGCACAUGGCCUCGAAAACUACGAGAAAGAUGCGAACCUUGCGCAGAUGAUUCAUUCAGCCAAAGAGAAACAGAGAGUAAAGCAGAUGGAAAUUGCCAUCAGCAACAAGUUGGCACACGAGGCUCAGCUUGCUGGUCACAGCACUAUUUCCGCAGGUUCGUCUGGUGUGCCUCUCAUCCCUAUCAUGCCCCCAACCAUUCACAGUCUGGAUAUAGCUGGCCAAAUAUCACGUGAGAUUCAGCAGACUAAGGAUGAGAGAAAUCAGAAGAUCAACAUCGUUCCUGUACCACUUGUGGCUAAGAUGAAAAGCCUGCUUUUCAAAGGCGCAAUGGACAGAGCAGCCUUACUAGAGAUAUGCGGGCCUGAUGGGCGGUUAGCAAGCCCACCUUCUUCUGUCGAUACUGAUGGCCAUGGGUCGAAGAACGAAGAUGAAGGCAAUGGGAGCACCGAUGGAGACUCAAAUGAUGACAUCAGUGCCUCUGGGGACGGAUUGUGUACACUACCUAGACCAGUACUACCGCCGGUCUCAACGCUCCCUCUUCCAAAUCUACCACCGCCAUCGCGUCCACCUCCAGUAAUGAUGUCCAGUCAACCUCGAAGCUCUUUUGACUUCAAUCCUUCGUUUUUCUUGCAGCAACAAUAUCCAUCCGGGCACAGUGGUCCGUCUACCUCUGGUCCUGCUCCCCCAAGAGUGUCGUACCAGGAAAUUAUGGCUGCGAACAGUGCUAGAAUCCAACAAAAUGUCCUGGGUGGACAGCCCUGGGUCAUGCUACUAGCCUUCAUCAGGGACUUCGUAAUACUGGGCCGACAUUACUACGAGAACCAGACAUGUCAGCUCCUAACAGCCCAGGUAGUCAGUACAGAUCAGCUCAAGAGCGUCAACAGUGCUCUCCGUAUCACUCCAUCCCCACUCACACUUCGACCACCGCCCUCUCCACUUUCGUCCCUAGCACCAAGCUUGCUAGCCACCUCGCCUUUUACCACCUCUCAUAAUGGCAUUCCAGUUCAGAUCUUUUUGCCCAGAAUCCUCAUCCCCUCUAACACCAUUGGUCCAGGCGGAAUGAAACUAGGCAACAGUGGCUGUGCCGAAACAGAUGCUUUUCUUCUCGGAUAUACGCACCCUAUAAGCGGGAAAAUCACUCUUAGUCGCGCCGUCUUCUUACCUUUGGGUGUGUGGAUCAAUGCGCAGGAUAGGGUGCGAAAAGGCAAGUACAAAGUAUUGGAGAGCUACAUAGCACCGAAGAGAGAUACUUCAGUCUCACAUCGUGCUGUUUACGAGAGGGUGAGACAGGCUUAUGAUCUUAUGAAGACGGGAUCGCCGGCAGCGAGAGAGUGGGAAUUGACGAAGAGGUGGAGGGCUAGUAGGGGGAGGAUGAAGGAGACCCAGAGAGGUGCGGUCUGGGAAGGUUGGGCUGUGGAUGUUGAUAGGGAGAUUGCGAUGAGUAAGGAGGAUAGGACGGGUGCGUUUGUGCAAGAUGCGUUGAUCGAUGGAAUUGAUGAAGAUAGCGAGGAAGUCAGAAGGAGGAAGGAGAUUGACGAAUUGCUUGAGACAGACGAAGCAUGGGAUUAUGGAGAGGAUGAGGAUGUGCAUAUGCACGGCUAG